AUGAUUCAGCGCGGUACGGAGUGCAGUGGUUCGCCAAGUACAUGUGCCUCGGUGUCCAAAUGCCCCGAACCACAAGUACUGCGCAGGCGUGAGCACAAGCACCGAGCAGCACCCCCACCAAUAGCAAGCACAUCCACGGCACAGGCACAUCCACGGCACAGGCACAUCCACGGCACAGGCACCUCCCCAGCACAAGCACCUCCCCAGCACAAGCACACCCGCCUACAGCAAGUGCAGUACAGGCUACGGCUCCCUGCUCGUCUCGUAGCUGACCCUUCCCUUGGACGAAGCGUACGGCCCGUGUUCGUCGUUGUGCGUCCGCGGCGACUCGGGGCUCGGCCGAGGGCCGUCAUCGUCGCAGCUGCCCUGCAUAAACUCCUGGACGAUGCGGCCCAGGAUGUCGAGCAUCUGCCGGUCGAGCAGCACGGUCUCGUCCCGUCGGUGGUCGGGCACGGCGUCGACGAGGAAGCGGCCGAGGGUCAGGAACGCGUCCUGCGUGAUGCGGAGCGAACGUUCGGUCGCGAAGCAGCCGUGGUCGGCCCGGAUCAGCUCCUUUUGAUGCCGCAGCACCCUGUGCAUCGAGGUGCCGAUCGUCUCGAGGUCGCCAGCGAAGCGGAAGAGGACGGCCGCGUGCUCGGGUCCGUCGAGCGUCGAGUGGAUGACGUUCCGGAUGCCGACCCGCACGUCGGUGAUGAAGCUGUGGAAGAUGUCGUUGAUGCUCACGUCCCGGAGAUCGUAGGCGUUGACGUCCGAGAGGAGGUCUUGCGUCGGCCGCACGAUGCCGAGCAGGAGCUCCUUGGACGGAUUCGGCCCGUAGAAGAGGCCGGCCGAGGCGACGGCGGCGAAGAGGAGGGCGCCGGCGGCUCUCAUGGUGGCGUCGACGCCGUCGCGAUGCUGCGGGGCGAGAUGUUUGGACGGCGAGAUGUUUGGACGGCGAAAUGUUUCGACGGCGAAAUGUUUGGACCGAGAGAGUCUGGUCCGCGUCGUCGGAGGCGAUUCCAUCUUUUAUGUCACGGAACGUUCCGUCGCCGCCCCGGUCGUGUUUUUCUUCCCACGGCGCCUUCCCUCGUGCCCGGUAAUACCGUUUAA